AUGGACUUCAAAGUGGACUCAGACAUGCUAUUUGCACCAUAUACCAACGAGAGUCAAGUCAACAUCCAAGACCAUCAUGCAAAGCCUGGCCUUGCGCUCAACGCUGCUGACACAAUGCCGUUGCAAAGACUGUCAGACCUGGCUCAGAUUCGUCAGUCCCACAUACUGCAAUCCCAGCACGAUGAGUGGUUCGUCAACACUUCCGCCCUAGAUGGGCGAAUCUUGGCGGAUGUGGGUGGCACCGGUCCUUCGACACCUUUGUCGAGCGGAGCAAUUAGCGAUAACACUGUCAAUGAAAGAAAACGCUGCGAGGAUCAUGAUGAUUAUGGCGAAAGUGAUCGCGACGUACCCAGCGAUGUCACAGCGGAAGGGCCAGGAUUGAAAUCGCAGAUCACGGACGCAGAAAAAGAAGCCGGUGCUUCUCCUCAACAACGACCUCAUGCGGCUGUAGAGAAGAGAUAUCGGCGGACUGUCAACACGAAACUACAGCAACUUUACACAUCAAUUCCGUCAUCUCGGAAGUUCUCGCCAGACGACAGGGCAGGCACAGGUAGUGACGACAGCGACCAAGCAGCAAAACCUGUUGUUCUCGACAAGGCCAUUCAGUACGUCCAACACUUGACAGAGACGUAUCUGAAAUACGAUGCCGAUAUUGAAGAUCUACGGAAACAACUGCGAGAUCUCGCCGAACGUCGCGGUGUCGGUGAGCACGUCGCGCAGACACAGUUCGAGGAGCCAGCUUCUGAGCUGGCCUGA